UAAACAUCAUAUCAAUCAAAUUUAUACAUAGUAUUAGCAAAUAACAUAACCCAGCUCCAACUCCAUUUAACAAAUUAUAAAUCCAAAGCCGCUAUAUUUUCUAAGUACAUAUUUUAUUGUAUUUUAACAUGGCUCUUGUGAAACCAAAAUCGGAAUUGACACCAGAAGAACUUGCUAGACAAGAGGAAGAGGAGUUCAAUACAGGACCACUUUCCGUUCUAACACAAUCUGUUAAAAAUAAUACUCAAGUAUUAAUCAACUGCCGUAAUAAUAAGAAAUUAUUGGGGCGAGUUAAAGCUUUUGACCGCCAUUGUAACAUGGUUCUAGAAAACGUCAAAGAAAUGUGGACAGAAGUUCCAAGAACCGGUAAAGGAAAAAAGAAAAUCAAACCUGUAAAUAAAGAUAGGUUCAUCUCGAAAAUGUUCUUAAGAGGAGAUUCAGUAAUUUUAGUUUUAAGAAAUCCUCUCGCCACCGCAUCAGGGAAAUAAAAAAAAAUUUUCAUGUAUA